GAUAUAUCACGGUCUGGGAAAAGAAUUCUAAGAUGGCGAACGCGUCACGUCGAGAAGAACUGCAAUUUAAGACCACACCAUUAGAAGAUGACUACACUGUUGACUGGAGCAAGAGGCUUGGUUCAGGAAUCAGUGGGCCAGUUAGGUUGUGCACACAUAACAAAACUGGAAAACGAUUUGCCUUAAAAUGUCUCAUGGAUUCUAAAAAAGCUAGAACAGAGGCCAAGGUGCACUACUUGUGCAGUGGUCAUCCUCAUGUUGUAUCGGUAAUAGAUGUCUAUGCUGUCAGCUUUAAAUUUCCAGGAGAAAUGAGACCUGUUCCUAGGAUUUUGAUGGUUAUGGAGUUGAUGGAGGGAGGUGAACUGUUUGAGCUUGUUAGAACAAAAAGACGUUUCACUGAAAAUGAGGCUGUUAAUUUUACCAAACAGAUUGCAUUAGCAGUUUACCACUGUCAUUCAUUUAAUGUAGCGCAUAGAGAUCUAAAACCAGAGAACUUGCUUCUUCUGGACAAGACUGAGAAAGUAGUCAUCAAGCUUGCUGAUUUUGGUUUUGCUAAGAUUGAUCGUGGAGAUCUUGUUACACCACAAUUUACACCCUAUUAUGUGUCUCCUCAGGUUCUGGAAGCACAAAGAAUUCACCGUGCUCAGAAGUCAGGGAGAUUUCCAUUUUUAUCGAAACCUUACACAUAUGACAAGAGCUGUGACAUGUGGUCAUUAGGCGUUGUUAUCUACAUCAUGUUGUGUGGAUAUCCACCCUUUUAUUCCGAGGUACCUCGUAAGCAAUUGUCGCAGGGAAUGAGGCGUAGGAUUAUGGCUGGGGAGUAUGACUACCCCGACAAGGAGUGGUCAAAGAUUUCAUCAGAUGCAAAGGAUGUCAUUGCCAGCCUAUUGCGAGUUGAACCUGCUCAGAGACUGACAGUCACAGACCUGCUUGAGCACCAGUGGCUUAAUGAAGGAACUGUUUCGGAUGUUCCACUUGAUUCACCUUCAAUUAUCGUUGCAGAUGAGGAAGCAUUUCGGGAGGCCAUGAAUGCGCAUUCGGCUCAGCUUACGAAGAUGAGGUUACCGGACCGCACAGUGGUACUGAAGGCUGUGACGAAGGCCAAGAACCCGAUAUUGAUGAAGAGAAAGAACAUGUUUAAUCUCGGUUCGCUCUUCACCAGAAACAACGGGGCAUCCGCAUCGUCCACAGAUGUCGAUCGAACAAAACACGAUGCUUCUAUCAAGUCCCUGAGAGACAUCAUAGCAUUCUGUAUGCUUCCUCCUCAGCCACCUGAUGGCGUUACAGAAACUUCCGAAGGUCCAUGUCCUGAAGAAGAACUGCAAAGACUGGUUUCUCUUGCUUUAGAACAGAACCCAAAAUCCCAGCGACUCAAAGAAGCUCUCGUCAAGCAGUCUUGGGAUGGAGAGAAGUUCGCUGGAUCAGUGGACAGGCGCAUGCUAGCCAAAGACAUUAGUGAAAUCGUAAAGAAAAUGUGACGUGUUGGAGGAACUGCUCUCAGAGUAUAUAUAACCUCACGUAUUCAGGUACUAAUGAAGUCUUUGUGAAGGCGUUGAAGGAUUUUCCGUUUUGGACCGUUGCCGAGAGCGAAUUCGACUCUCUACACACAAAGCGGCAAAGUGAGAUGAUCCAAUCAGAACCAGCAGAAGAGCGUAGAAUGCUUUUGGCAUGAGUGGGUGGAUACAUACACGGCCUUCGAAUGGGCGCGAAAAUUCGCGCGCAAAAUCAAGAUCCGUUUCGUUUUUGCCAGUGCCCAUGAUUGGUUGAGCCUUUUCUGGUCGAACCAGUGGCUCAAAUACAUCACCACAUAAAUUUAUAGCUUUGAAAAUUUACGAACAAUUUAAAGAAUUUUGCCUUAUUACGUUAUGUUUUACAUGAAAAUUCUCCUCUAAUUCAGUCUAGUAGUUGGUUAGGGAUCGAUCAGAUAACAGUUUCUCCUUACAAUUUAAGGUUACUUUCUUCACAUAACACAAUAUUCUUAGAACCAGCCAGAUGAGAGAAGUGCGGUCAUCAGUUGAGAGUGAAAUUAUUAAUUAUUGGAUUAGCGUCUUCAAUUAAUUUCCAUGUGAUUCUUUGUGAUCACUUAGAUGGUUUGGUCUGAAGAAAUGAAUUCCCACGCUUUGAUUUGCACUGCACUUGAGGGAUCGGAUGUUAGCUCUUCAGAAUUAGAAAGGUAGGCAGACGUGUUGAUAGCUAGAUUCCAGCUGUAACGAGGUGUGUAUUAAGCUAGACAAGGAAAGCAAGGGAAAAGAUGUCGCACACAUCGCUCUUGCGAUGGGAAAGAUCACUCUUAACAGUUUUAUUCUUUGAACUCUAGAAAAGCCAAACUUUUACCGGCCCUUCGUGAUAUUUUUCAGACAGUGGCAUCGUUUUUAUAGCAUCAAUGCCGGCUUCUUCCGGGUGAUUCCUAUCAUAUCUUCUUUGAACGAUAAUGGUUAUAUUUAUCAAACAAAGAAUUUCUGUAUACGUUAUAUAUAUGUAUACUAAAAUUAUUUUUAUCUUCCGAGAAAAUUGGAAUAGGAAAUACCAAAAUAAAGCGCUAAUAUAUUUUGAUGAGGUUGAAGUUUAAGACAAGCUCUCCCGUCGUUCUAGAAGUCACGGUUCUUUAACCCUCUUGAGAGUGGCUGGCUUCAAAGCUAAUUUCUCCUGACAGU